AUGGCAGAGCCAUGGCUCGCAGCAGCAGCUGCAGUCGAGGCGGUGAAGGAUAGAGGCAGUCAGUGGCGAGUGGGUAGAGGCAGCAGGCAGGUAGGCAUGGGAGAGAAGAGCGAGACCGUAGAAAAUGUGUGCCUCGUCUCCCGACACCCCUCUCCUCCUGCCAACCCCUUUUUCCCUCCAGUUUCUUUCAUUUACAUCCCUCUCUCCCACCCAAUUCUCAACCCUCCUUCCUCCUCCCUUACCAUUGCCCCAACAAUUGUCUUAAUACUUCCUUCGAGGGACUCCCUCUGCCCUCCCUUCCUUAUUCCACAUGUUCCUCCCCACAACCUUGCCCAACACCCCCCGCCACCCCAUUCAUCUAAUCGUGCCGUGCCCUUCAUCCCAUCAUGCUAUGCCCCUUCCUACAUCACCCCAUGCACGAGCCAACUGUCUCUCCCUCUAACACAUCCUCCACCUCUGCCCUCCUUCACCUCCCCAUUUGCUCCCCCACCAUCUCACCAUAGCCAUCGCACCAUCCGGCACCACGUCUCCCUCCCUCCCACAUCACCCAAUCUUCCCCUCCAUGCCCCUAUCGCCCUCCUCUCCUGCUCAUAUUUUUGCCCCCCUGUACUCUCUGCACCUCCCCCCUACCUCCGCGCGCGCUGCUUGCAGCAGCCGCUUCGCCCUGGAGGCAUGGCGAGUCAGGGGCACCGUCAGAACCAGGAUGGCUGCAUUGUCAUGAUUGGCCCUCCUAGUUGGAAGGUCUUUAGUGCUCGACCGAAAAGCGGAGGUCAAAGUGGAUGCGUCGGGUGGGCAGAGAUUAUAGACGAUGCGUGGGGCGGGGAUUAUGGAGGAUGUGUGGGGUGUUGUCCAUGGGUGGAAAGGGUUGAGUGGCCAGGGGCGGUUGGCAAGCUGGAUAUUGGCAAGUGUCUUCCCAUUUGUGCUGUUUGCCCUUUUCGUCCUUUCCUCUCCCCUUCUCUACCCCCACACCUCCCGCCCACCCAACCCCCAGCACUGAAUCCGCACCUGCUUAUCCCACACCUACUUUUGUGCCAUGGACUCCCCUCCCUAUGCCGUGGCCGCACUGUUCGCCCCCACAGCAGCACGGUAGAGGCUGCUGACGUGGCGGAGGUGCGCGAGAGGCUGCAGGCGAAGCUGGGCGAGGCCGGGCUGCUGGGUGCCUCGUGGUGGUGUUUGAGGAGUGACGAGCAGAGGAAGGAGGAGGUACAUUCGGAGUGA